CGGAAGAACGCCACUUUGCAGAGGCAUGUGCAGAACAGUUUCAAACUGUGGCAUGCAAGUGGGAAAUUGAAAGAAAAGUUACAACCAUUGGGACUGACAGUGCACGCAAUAUGAUUGCUGCGGCUCGUAUUCUACCAUACGAGCAUAUGCCCUGUAUCGCGCACGUCAUACAGAGAAGCAUCACUGUGAGUCUCGCUGACAGCGGAUUUGUUCCUGCAUUAGCCAAGUGUCGCAAGAUUGUGGGACAUUUUAAACACAGCCCGGCAAACUUAACGGAGCUGAAUGCAGAGCAGGUGAAACUCGGACAGCAGCAGGAGCCACUGAUCCAAGACGUUCCAACGCGGUGGAAUUCCACACUUGAAAUGGUCAAACGCAUCAUCCCCAAUCAAGCAGCAAUAAAAGCAACCCUGGAUCAACAGCAGCAUAAUCUCGUCAUGCUGACGCCAGCAGAAUGGGAUAAACUCCAGAGACUGGAGACCCUUCUAGAGCCCUGCCGGUAUGUGACUCAGAUCCUGGGUGGGGAGGCCUACGUCUCCUGCUCAGUGGUACUACCUGCCCUCUGCCACUUACACCGUGUAAUGGAAACUUCUGAUGAGGACCCUGCAUACAUGAUUAGAUUUAAGACCAAAUUCAAAGACGACCUAGGCUCCCGCCAAGAACACACCAACAAUGCAUGGCUCAAGAUUGCAACCGCACUGGACCCACGUUUUAAGGACUUGAAAAGUGUGCCCAAGGCAGACAGAGAGGAGGUGUGGACCAAACUUGGAGGCCUUCUGCGUGAAUCACCUGGAAGACCUUCACACACUACUGAAGAUGGGCCACCCAAGAAGAAAAUGAACCUUCUUCUACAGCUGGGCUCAGAUUCAGAAUCAGAUGAAGAGGUACAGCCUGACAGAGCCUUACACAGGUACAGAGCAGAGCCCACCAUUGAAAUGACGGACUGUCCCUUGCAGUGGUGGUCAUCUCAUGCAGGAGCCCAUGACAAGCUGGCUCCGUUGGCUCGGAAAUAUCUAGCCACUCCUGCAUCCUCAGUUCCCUGUGAAAGACUCUUCUCACUUGCCGGUCACAUUGUGCAAAAGAAGCGGUCAGCUUUACUCUCAGAAAAUGUGGACAAAUUGGUUUGCCUCAGUAACUGGCUAAAGGAUGAAUAGAGAAGCGGGCCACAUGUAAUUGUGUAGGCCAUGUUCUUUUGGUUUGAUAAAAAAGAGAAAUCUCUUUGUUUUUCCUUUGUUGAAGAGAAAUGGCCAAGAUGGCUAGUGUGUUACAGAAGGAGACACC